AUAUGUUGCAGGCGGUGGUGAGGACUCCAUCCGGAGCCGGAGCCAGUGCCAGAGUCAGGCCCGGGCGGCGGCGGCAGCAGCGGUAGCGGCGGCCUGGAGAGGACAGAGUCGUGGGGAGCAGAGCAGCGAUCAGCCGCUGGAAAUGGGGACUCAAGGACCAGGUAGGAAAAGGAUUGCCAACCGGGAACGACUGUCUGCAGAAGAUGAUGCCCUAAAUCUAAUUGCCAGAGAGGCUGAGGCCAGAUUGGCAGCGAAACGGGCUGCACGGGCCGAGGCAAGAGAGAUCCGAAUGAAAGAGCUAGAGAGACAGCAGAAAGAGGUAUCUGAUGAAGAUGACUGGACCUCAGUGGGGAGUCGUGGUAGUGCCCGGGUGGAGGAAAGGCUGGAGAAGGAUUUUACAGAGAAGAGUUCCCGGGCAGCUUCAAGCCUCUCUGCUGCUACCCUUGCCUCCCUGGGAGGCACUUCAUCAAGGCGAGGCAGUGGAGAGACCACCACCUCAAUGGACACUGAAGGAUCGAUUCGAGAGAUCAAGGAAAUCUUUGAGCUAAAGGAUCAGAUACAGGAUAUAGAAGGAAAAUACAUGGAAGGGCUGAAGGAGUUGAAGGAUUCAUUGGCCGAAGUAGAGGAGAAGUACAAAAAGGCAAUGGUAUCGAAUGCACAGCUGGACAAUGAAAAGACCAACCUCAUGUACCAGGUGGACACACUAAGGGAAAGUUUGCUGGAGCUGGAGGAACAGUUAGCAGAGACACACAGGAUGCAUGAAGAGAAGACUAAGGAAUUGGACAGACAGAAACAUGCCUACAGUAUCCUGCAGCAUCAGUUUGAGACAAUGAAGGAGACUCUUAAAGAGAGGGAAGAGAUGUUAGCGGAGAUCAAAGAGUUGAACCAGAAGCUGACUUCCUACACUCAAGAGAUCUCUGACCUCCAGGAGACGGUGGAAUGGAAGGACAAGAAAAUUGGGGCGUUAGAAAGACAGAAGGAAUACUCUGAUGCCAUCAGGAUUGAUCGGGAUGAGCUCAGAGAGGAGGUUGCCAUGCUGAAGGAAAGACUGAAGGCCUAUGGGUUGUUGACAAAUGGUGAGGCUGAACCUGUGAGGAAGGAUGGCAAUACACACACGGAGGCUGCUGAGACAGGUCCACAAGCUGCAACCCAGCCACAGAGCUCCAGUGACGGACCUCUAGGAGAAGGCCACGCACUGCAAAUGAGGAAUGAGAUUUUGGAGACUGUUGAGCAAAGAGGAGUCUUGCAGAAUACUGGAAUUGAUGCACAAAUGGAGGAGACUGGGAAUCGGGAGAUGUUAAUGAAUAAUGUGCAAGAAAAGGACUUAAAUGAGCAGUGUGACGAACUGACUGAGGGUGAAGCAUCAGCAGUGACUGUAAGAGAUAACGGAGAUGCUGACCAGAUAGAACGUGCUGCAGCUAAUCUUGACGAUGGAAAACAAAGUGCAUGUGACACACAAAGCCUUGGAGGUAAAGAGGUAUCUGAGGAAAUAUGGCACACCUUGGGAUCUGGAGGAGGAAUGCAAUGCUGUGGUAACAUGGAGGAGAGUGAGAGUGACCUUGGAGUGAAUGAGAAGCAUAUGCAGGAAAAUGUAAACCAGAAGCUUGAUCAUGAUGAGAGAAGCCAGAUUGAAGUAGGGGACCCGAGAUCACAUGGAGGGACGAGGAAGGAAAAGUGUCCAGAAGUUAGGAAUGACAUAGAUGUACUGUGUGAUGACAGUGACGGGGCAGAAGCUGACAAUCAACCCAUUGUGGAGGAAACUCAAAAGGUUGCGCAACAAGUGCCGGAAAAUACGAUAGGAAUUCUGCAGCAGCACCUGUGUAGUUGUGAUUUACAGGAAGAAUCGAGAGACGAGGGAAAAGAGGUCACCCAAGAAGGAGUAGGAUCAAUUCAGGUGAGAGAGGAUAACUUGACUGGGAUGCAAGAGCAGUCUGCUGAAGUUGUCCAUGUCAGACAGAAGGAAUUGGGUGGGAGUGAAGAGAUGGGAAAGGAGCAGGAGGCUAUGAGGGAGGUUGGGUUCCAUGUUACAACAAAGGAGAGUUGUUCAGGGAAUUUUACCAAUGAGGUAGCCACAGUGAGUGGAGAAGUAGGGUGUGUGUCGGACAACUCACUUGGUCAGAAUGGAAAAUCUAGGUCUGGUGGAGAAGACAUGAAUCUUAUGACUGGCUCAAUACAGGACCAAGUUAAAAAUGGAGAAGGAACAGAUUGGGAUGGAAGGGGACAGCUAUUGGGCACAACCUUAGAACAGUUGGAGAAAGAAGUGGAGGAAACUGCAGAAAAAACUGAGAUUGACAAUUAUUCAUUAACACAGACAUGCCAGCAGGAGGUGGAGGUAGAUGAAAAGGUCACUUGUCAUCUGAAUAGGGGAAGAAGUCCAAUUGUAGGUGAUGAAAUAAAACAGCCUGUUGAACAUAACAAAGAUUGGAGAGGUGAACCGACUGCGACAGGCAGGGCAGAAGGCGAUUUACAGGAAGGAGAAGUGAAGCAUCUGGGAUUAGAGGAAGAACGACUCAUGGAUGAAGUCAACUCAGAUCCAGGUGCAGAACAAGGUAGAACCAGUCAGGCAGUGCUCCAAGGAAAGUUAGAAGGUAAUUUAGAAUCCAGUUGUCUUCAGGAAAUGACAUUGAUUGGAGAGGAAAAUAAAGCAGUAGUUGAGGUUGAGAAUAGGGCCAUAGGUGAUGUCAAGAGUUACGGAGGCGAUGAAGUCAAGUGGCACGAAGAAAAUAAGGAAAAUGUCCAAAAUACUGGUGAAGCUAGGACUCUUAGAAGGAAUGAGGAUAUGGCUCACAUCAAAAACCAGGGUGAUGAAAGGGAAAUCGAAGGCCUCGAUCCUAAUGAGGGCAAAGAUCGUAAAGGGGAUAAAAAUGAGGGAAUUGAUCAGGGGAACGACAGGGAGGUAAAAAGUCCGAGAAAUUCUGAGGAUGAGAUCAAAGAUUUCAAAUGCAAUGAGCUCAAAUGUCAAGGAAAGAGAGAGAAUGAAGCUGAUGACAGUGCAGGUCAGACUGAGAUAGAAGAUUGUGAAGAGGUGGUGCUAGUUCCUGGGGUGGUUAAUAGUGAGUUCAAGGGCAAGAGAGGUGAAGGUGAAGGUAAAGACCAAAGCCCCAAUGCCAGCGAAUGCAUGGGAUCUGGUGAAGAGGAGAGUGAGGUCAAAGUUCCGAUUGAAGAAGAGGGUGAGGUCAAAGGUCCCCAGGAAUUGGGGGACGAUGAAACCAAAGGUCCCAUUGAGGAGGAUGAGGAUGGGGUUAAAGGUCCCCGAGAAGGGAAUGGCAAGGUCAAAGACCCCGGAGAGGAAGAUAAUGCUAAAUGGCUCAGAGAAGAGGAUGGUGAAGACAAACACUCUGAAGAGGAGGAUAAGGCCAAAGGUUUCAGAAAGGAAGAGGUGAAAAGUCCCCAAGAAAACAAGGAGGAUGAGACUGGAUGUGACAAAGAGGAGGAAGAUAAUGUCCAAGGCCCCAGAGAGGAUGAGUUCAGAGCUCCCCAAGAAGAGGUGGAAGACGGGGUCAAAGAUCCCAGAGAGGAGAAGACCAAAAUCCCCAGUGAGGGGAUGAUGAAUGAGGUCAUAGAGCCCAAAGAAGAGGAGGAGGCCAAAGGUGCCAUAGAAGUGGUGGGAGAGGUCAGUGGCACAGAAGACGAGAGUGAGGUCCAGCGCGUACUGGAAUCUGAGAAGCUAUUUUGCACCAACAUUCAGGGAAUUGUGCAAGAAAUGGGGAAGGAGGUCAGCAUAGGUGAAGAGUCAAAAGGAGUGUUUCCUGAUGUGGGAACAACAAAAAAAGGGAGGGACAAAAUGGAGGAAAAAAUGGGAUUUGAAGAAAUUGAGUGUGAUUUAAGUGGGCUGGCAAGUGCUGUGGUACAAGAGAUUGACAAAGGGAGCCAAAUACAAAACAAAAACAACAGCCUUGAAGAAACUAACAAGGGCAAAUCAAAGAAUAAUACUGAGGAGGUUCAUGAAGUAACAGAUAGCAAAAGCAACCAAGGAACACCAACGAAAGAGGAGGCUACAAUAACUGAAGAGGCUACAGCUAAGGAAAAUCUGUCAGUGAGUAGUGGGGAAGAGAUGAGACCAGUGGAAGAGUACAGUAGCAAUAAAGAAUUUGAAGGAGAUACUCAGCUGUCAGAAGGGGCUGUGAGUGACCUUUUAGAAAACAAUGAAAGAGAAAGGCAUGAAUUGAAUGAAAAUUCAGAGGAAGUAGCACAAGGGAAUGUGAAACAAGAUUCUCCAAAGAAUGCAAUCGUUUCAGAGAAUGUUAUAGUCCAAGGUGAGGCCCAAAGCCCCAGUGCAAGUGAAUGCAUGGGAUAUGAUGAAGAGGACAGUGAGGUCAAAGGUCUGAUUGAAGAAGACAGUGAGGUCAAAGAUCUAACUGAAAAUGAAGCUGAGGUCAAAGGUCUUCAGGAAUUGAAAGAAGAUGCAGCCAAAGAGGACAGGACAGAAAUGCAGGAUAGAAAGAGAGAAGACAUUGUAAAGGAGGAAAGGGACAUGUCUGUGACCAGCAUUAAGCCACAAAACAAGACAUCAGGCUGUGGGACAACGAAAGGUGUGACUGACAAUGCACCAGUCUCUCGGACCGGUGUGGAGAAGGAGCAAGAUGAUGAGGAUGUCGAUAAUGAGGAAGGAGAUAAGUUUGAGUGGGAUGAAGCAAUGAAUGAGAUAUUAGGAGAUGAAACUCAGGAUUGGAAGGAGGUGCUUGAGACUGAAGUCGAAAGGGGAGAAGUGGAUUCUGGAAGUGAGACAGGACCUAAGCCCAUUAUGAGUACAGAGCCCAAUGAGCAUAUAAAACCCACUGGAGACAACACCAGUAAGGGAGAGCAAAGUGGGCAGGGGCAAGAGUUGGAAGGGCAGAGAAAUGAAUGCGCGAUCAGCAACGACCAACAAUCUGAUCAUAGUGAGGAGCUACCACAGGACAAGGGGCAGAGUGUUAAGUCUGGCAUGAGCAUGUGGGAAGACAACAUAGAGCAAGCAGACAAAGAAAUGGAACAAAACCCAGCAAUGACUGAAGCAGGAAAGGAUGGUAAGAGAAAAAGCAAAAACAAAGAUGACUGUUUUAAACCUAGGCUGACCCUUGCCGUGCCUUGUGAUUUUAGGGCAAAAAAGUUAAUAGAUGAAAAAGAAGCCUUAUUAGAGCAGAUUAAAAAAUUAAAAGCACAACUGGAUGAGAGAACCAAGAAUGGAAAAGUGGAGAAGGCAGAGUCCGGUGACACCAUUUUGGAAAAUGGGACAGAUGUACAAGUGAUUGAAAUGCAAAGAGAUGCUAACAGACAAAUCAGUGAAUACAAGUUUAAACUCACUAAAACUGAACAGGAAAUAACUGCGCUGGAACAAAAUAUUAUGCGACUUGAAAGCCAGGUAUUACGUUACAAGACAGCAGCAGAAAAUGCAGAAAAAGUAGAAGAUGAACUUAAAGCUGAGAAGCGCAAGCUCCAAAGAGAGGUCCGCUCCGCACAGGAUAAAAUCGAGGAGCUGGAAAUGAGCAACAGUCAUCUAACAAAGAGGCUGGAAAAGAUGAAAGCCAACCGGAGUGCUCUGUUAUCACAGCAGUAGAAGACCCACUUCCAAGAGACCAACUCUCGGGUCUGGCUGCCUUUUAUGGGAACUCGCUUUUUUAAAGUUAUCAAUGAGACGCUUCACUGUUACCACAUACACAUUGCUGAGGAGGAAAAAACGGAAAAAAUUGCACAUGUUUCUGACUCACCACUUACGCAUUUUCUUUACAAGGCUUCCAAUUCAACACUUCCAACACAGACACAAUAGGCCAUAUGGCCUAUGUACUAUCUCAUUUCUACAAUGUAUGAUUCCAUUAGCAAACAAUAGCUUUGCUUUAACAAGGGACUUGGUUUCAAAUGUAUGAUUUGUGCGGUGGUUAAGUUUAUGAACUGAAGAAAUUCAGGGAACAUGAGAUCACUAUCCACCAUGGCAGUUUGAGAAUUUGGAUUCCACUUAAAAUAUCUUUAAAUAAAAAACCUGAUCCUAGUACAAGCGAUCAUGAAGCUGUGGGAUUGUUGUAGAAAUCCAACUGAUUGAGUCAGUUUAGACAAGGAAAUUUGUUGAGCAGUUUAUAUGUAACUCUAGUCCCAUAGCAAUGUGGUUUGAUGUUUCUCUAUCUCUUGAAAUAGCCUAGCAAUCCACUCAGAUGCCACUUCCUUCUCAGUGCAACUGGAAAGGGGAAAUAAAUGCUAGCCUUACCAGAAUCCAAAGAAAUAAUUCAAAACAAAAUGGACAUAUGAGCAUUACAUUGAAUAUCUUUGUUCAUCACUGCUGUUGUCACUAAAUAUUUAUUGGUAGGGAGUGAUAAAAAGUCAGUGAGGAGCAAACACACUCAGGGGUUGUGUGUACUCUCAAAACCCACAGUGUUUAUUUUUAUAUUAAUACUUUAGCUUUACAUUGCCAAUGAUUUCUGUCUCAAGAUCACCGUAAAACACAGUUAACAGGAAGAAGGUGCAGACUAAAUCACACUUUGUCUCAAAGAAUAAUCAAAUCAGAUCUUGUGAAUGCAUGCCAGAAAGUGGGAGUGAGGAGGGAGAGGGUUGUUGGGCUAAAUUGACCACCUGAAUUCUGAAUAUACCGUAACAGUAUUAAAGCCCACUUUAAAUAAAAUCUCGGGGUAGGCAAAAGCCUAGUGGUAUUCUUGCUUGACUAUUAAUCCAGAGAUCCAGGUAAUGUUCUGGGGACCUGGGUUCAAAUCUUGCCACAGCAUAUUGUGGAAUUUGAAUUCAAUAAUAAUCUGGAAAUAAGAGUCUAAUGGUGACCAUGAAACCAUUGUCGAUUGUCAGGAAAAACCAAUCUGGUUCACUAAUGUCCUUUAGAGAAGGAAAUCUGCCAUCCUUACCUGGUCCAGCCUACAUGUGAUUCCAGACCUACAGCUACAUGGCUGAUUCUUAACUGCCCUCUGGGCAAUAAAUACUGGCCUAGCUAGUGAUGCCCACAUCCCAUUAAUGAAUAAAAAAGUGCACUAAUUGAGGGUCAACAAAUUCAGAUGAUGCUGACUUUUACUGAUUAUGUUUCUUUUUCAGUUCUGCCACAUGACUACUUGAAUUUUGUCUUGUGAAACAAAAUGGUUAAUGGUUCUUACCUUUUAACUAGAUAAGCACAAAAGCAGUGGAGAGAAGAGGAGACAGUUGUAUUCCAGCUUUUGAUGCCUUCUUUUGUAUGACUGUAACAGAAGUUGAGUUUCUGGUGUGAUAGGGAAAAGAAGGGAAUAUUGUGUUAAGGAAGAAUCAACUGUCAUUAUUGCAGUGAUGUUAGUAAUAUUUUGGCUAAGUUUAUCCAGUACUCAGUGACUUUCAAAGCAGAAUAUGGAGAGGAUGUUGUGGGGUUUUACUGAAACUCACCAGUAAACGAUGCAAGCGAUACGGGGGGUAAUGAGGUUGAUCUUUGAGAUCUAGAGUGAUGAAUUUCUGUUCUUUUCCAAAAGAACUUGGGGUUGUCUCUCUCUCCCUGUCCUCACACUUGACAAACUGAAGGGCCAGCAGCAUUUUGUAAAGGUGUUCUGCUGUGUUUAAAAAAAAAAGCAAGCACUUCUUGCUUCAGCACAUUAUUGUAAUGUAUUUAUGCUCAAGGAACUAAAUUAUUUUGGAAGCAUUAAUUAAUGGAAAGUGCUUCAACAAGUGAAAAUUGUUUCUCCGUAAUGGAAAAUGGCAACAAUAAGAAGUAGUUAAAUCAGGAAAUCCGGAAGCCAGUCCAGGGAGAUAUAUAAAGAAAACUAUAUAUACUAUAGCUUUUAAUUACUUUUCACAUGUUGUACAUGAGCAUUUUUUUUUGUUCUCCAGGACAGAAUGUAGCUCAGGCAGCAAACUGGGCUUUUUUUCUUUUCUUGAACCUGUUGCAGUCUCAGCUUUAAGAGGAUGUGUUGAGAGUGUUCUGUUGGGGGAUUGAAACUAUUGGGAGAUCUGCUGUGAUGUACUAAUCAGCAGUUACAACAAGACACCAAUGUAUUUAAGGUGACACUACAUUCUCAAGCUAAUAAAACGUUUUAGAGAUGGUGCCAUUUUUCAAUGAUA